AUGAACCCACUAAAAUGUGCAUUUGGAGUUUCCUCAAGAAAAUUUCUAGGGUUUGUGGUUCAAAACAAAGGAAUUGAAAUUGACCCUACCAAGAUUAAAGCCAUUGCUGAAAUGCCUCCUCCGCGAAAUUUAACGGAAUUGAAGGGGCUACAAGGGAGAUUGGCCUAUAUCAGAAGAUUUAUUUCUAACUUGGCUAGUCGAUGCUUGCCAUUCUCAAGAUUGAUGAAAAAGGGUGUUCCAUUUGAAUGGGAUCAGCAGUGCCCAAAAGCUUUUAAUAGUAUUAAAGAGUAUCUUUUGAAGCCUCCAGUAUUCAUGAGCCCAAUAAAAGGGAAACCACUCUUGUUUGCAUAA